CAGCAUGAAACUCAAACUACCAGGCAACCUCAAUGUGUUCCCUAGAGCGCAAAAAUACCUGCCCCGGAGGCCUCCAUCUCGCUUUCCCGACCCGCUGGUCAACAAUCCGAAUGCAGCGUAUCAACAGGUCGCGGAAGACGUGACCUUCAUCCACCGCCCGCCGCCCACCAUGCCCUCACCGCACUCCUUCACCACCGCACCCGCGUCUCCGCUCCUGCGAAGCGCGUCCUCAUCGGUGAACGGGCUCAUGCCCCCCGCGCUCCAAAAGCCCCGCCCGGAGCAGCCAAAGGUGCUCUCGGACGAGGAGCUCGCGAGGCUGAGGGAGCUGCGCAAGGCGGACCCGGGGCAUUGGACGCGUAGGCGGCUCGCUAAGGAGUUUGGGUGCUCGCCGAUGUUCGUGAAGCUUGUUGCGCCGCUGAGCAAGCAGGCUAGAAGGGCGGCGACGGAGAAGAGGGAGAGUGAGCAUGAUGAGGCAAGGAGUACGUGGGGACCGAGGAAGGCGCUCGUAAGAGACGCGAGGAGGAGACGCAGGGAGUUCUGGUAGAGCGUGAGAGGAUUGGCGGUACGACGGGCUCGGAAAAUGCUGGCUUGAUUGCCUACAAAAGCCGGCCUCAGUCUCACUUAUCUCUCU